GUUCACUGAUAGGAACCAUGUAAUAUAACCUCUUUCACACUCAUGAAAUAAUCACCACUCGGUUCAACCAUUUCUCAAGUAACACGCAAAGGAAAUGGCGAUUUUGAAAGAGUUACCUACUUUGAUUUUUAUCCUUGGGUUGUUACAGCUUUCAGUUUCAAAGCAUGUACAUAAAGGUCAAGCGUACAAAAGACAUCUUCUCAAUGUUAAGCGCCAGUUGGCCAAUCAAGCGUGUUGUGCCGCCGCUCAGGCUCCGCCCAUGUGCUGCGAACAAUCCCCACCCCUCCCUUCAUGUUGCCAACCAGGUAUAAUGAUGGCGCCAGCCUUACCCCUACCCCCACCCCCACCCCCACAACAAGCUUGCUGCAUCAGCCUCAAGGCCCCAACUACUUGUUGCCAAUCAUCUGCGCCUCCAUCUUGCUGUCAAUCAGCUCCGCCAGUAGUCCCGCCACCUCCACCUCCCCCACAGCAAGCUUGUUGCGCUAGCGUCCAGGCUCCCUCAUCGUGCUGUCAGUCAUCCACGCCGCCACCUUGCUGCCAAUCACCUGUACCCGUAGCCCCGCCCACUACUUUACAAUCCUGCUGCGCAAGCGUAAAGCCUUUGGAGCUAAGCCCUUCCUCCCCGGAUAAUUGCUGUCAAUCAGCUAACGCUCCACCCUGUUGCGUCGGGUUAGGACUUAAACCUGGACAGGCGAAGAAUAUAACACUCAAUGGCGGCGGUAGACAGUUCUUACUGCAAGUAAAGCUUAUUCCACUUCUAGGACAAACCAUUCCCCCGACGGCCAAUCCGACAACCAUCAUACCAAGCGGCACCUCUACGGCAGUUCCCACCGCAGCUCCUACAGUGGGGAGUACCCCUUCUUCCGGCGUAUCCACGCCCCUUGGGGGUCCUACCACCCCUGUCUCGUCCACUGUGCUACCCUCAGGGGGUCAAGUCGGCGGGCAAGUUCAAGACAUUGCACAGUGUCGGCAGGCAGCCCUGGCGGAGACAAACAUCAAGCGCCAACUCCACGCUGCCCCUGCCAUGACCCUUGACCCGAAACUUAACCAGGACGCGCAGGCCUGGGCUACGAAAAUAGCCGUUGACAAGAACCCAAUCCACUCCGCCAUCAACACAAGGCCUGGUCAAGGGGAGAAUGUGGCCAAGCGAUGCCAGCAAGUUGAUAUGCCUUUUGAUGAAAACUGCAAGCUUGGUGUAGAUCUCUGGUACAAAGAAAGCAACAACUACGACUUUCAAUCACCCGGCUAUUCGCCGGCUACCGGACAUUUUACCCAGCUUGUGUGGAAGGCUUCGACAAGAAUGGGAAUUGGGCGCGCCUCAUACGUCAUGACAACUGGAAUAAAGUGCGUCGUUCUCGUUGCAAGAUACUCGCCUCCGGGGAAUGUCAAGCUUCAGUUCCCGCAGAACGUUCAGCCGGCAACCGGAAACGUUCUGUCUGACAAACCGAGCGACAAACAGAAAAAGCCUCGUAAACCCGUCUACUUAGAGUAAACAGAGGAAGAGAGAGAUGAGCCUUAGUAUAGACAAAAGCGAGACUCAUAAACCUGCCAAAUAAGAAUAGACAAAAACGAGCCUCAUAAACCUACUUAGAAUAGACAGGCAUAGAGAGAGCGAGCCUUGUCAUAAUGAGCUUGAAAAUAGACAAGAGCGAGACUUAUAAACCUGCCUACUUAGAUAGAGCAGUCGACAAAACUUUUAAAGCCUGUCGUAUUUAACAUAAACACAUAACACGCCUUAUAAAUCUGCCUACUCAGAAUAGACAGCGAUCAAAACUUACGAAGCCUGUCAACUUAAAAUAGAAGCAAAACAGCCUGCACAAGCCUACUUAGAGUACAAAAUUUGUGGAAUAGAGCACAGGGAAAAACUCACAAGCCUUCGUCUGCUUGAAAUGGUAUUAUAUUGUAUCGAUUACACCUUUAUUUUGAAUAAGAAUUUACUAAAAAUAAGCUGAAAAUAUAGGCAUCUUUUAAACAUGUGGAUAGGGAGGACGUGGUCCUCUGUAUAUUCUAUUAGCAAAAAGAAAAUAAAACUUAUAGUAAUAUUC